GGCAUGAACAUCCAGGGGCCCUACUAUUCCUUCUGGAAGAAGGGAUCCUGUCUAUGAAAAGGGAUGGGAAUGAAAGAUCUGACUUGACUUUUCCCUUUAUCUUCCCUUGGAUUGCAAGCAGGAGGCAGCUGAGCCAUUUACUCUCCUUUUGUGCUCCCCACUGAGGUCCCCAGAUUUUUGAGGGGAAAAAAAAUAGCCUUAAGGCCAAGUUCCACCUCUUACCACUUUCUUCAUUUUCCUUUGCUCCUUUGAGCAAGAUGGCUAAGUCCAUGGAUAUAACCUCUAGUGACCUCUCUAGAGGAGGACAUCAAUGGCUUAGUUUGUAGAAUGAGAAAGUAGAGGUCAUCUCUGGAAACAAUAUAGGAGCAGUGACAUUGUCCUUAAAAUGUUAUUUGAAUUAGUGUUCCUCUUACAUUAAAUAGCACCUUUUUUUUUUUUUUUAAGACUUGGUGGCUUUUCUUUGGAGUAAGUACAUUUUCACACUUACAGUCAACUCUUCUGUAUCUAUACAGAUAUCUAGGGAAUAUGUCAGCAUAGAACAUCCAAAAGGCACGUUUUGUUUUGUAGUGCAACUGCGAGGAAUCUUGCCCAAAUGUCCAUUUGAGAAUUUUCUUCUGUUUAAUGAGAGAAAAUCUCCAAGGAGGUGUGCCCCCUUACAGCAGAUGUCCUUUCUGCUGAAGUUCACAGGUCAGAUUUGGGGAGCAUGGUGGCUGGAGGUCAGAUGCCCACUAGGAGAUGCUAUGAGUAACAUAGAAAGCAUGGACACAGACAAAGAUGACCCUCACGGAAGGUUAGAAUACACAGAGCACCAAGGAAGAAUCAAAAAUGCAAGGGAAGCUCACAGUCAGAUUGAAAAGAGGCGUCGGGAUAAAAUGAACAGUUUUAUUGAUGAACUGGCUUCUUUGGUACCAACGUGCAACGCGAUGUCUAGGAAAUUAGAUAAACUUACUGUGCUGAGAAUGGCUGUUCAGCACAUGAAAACAUUACGAGGUGCCACCAAUCCAUACACAGAAGCAAACUACAAGCCGACUUUUCUGUCAGAUGAUGAAUUGAAACACCUUAUUCUCAGGGCAGCAGAUGGAUUUUUGUUUGUCGUAGGAUGUGACCGAGGGAAGAUCCUCUUUGUGUCAGAGUCUGUCUUCAAGAUCCUCAACUACAGCCAGAAUGAUCUGAUUGGUCAGAGUUUGUUUGACUACCUGCAUCCUAAAGAUAUCGCCAAAGUCAAGGAGCAGCUCUCCUCUUCUGACACUGCACCCCGGGAACGGCUCAUAGAUGCAAAAACUGGACUUCCAGUUAAAACAGAUAUAACCCCUGGGCCAUCUCGAUUAUGUUCUGGAGCACGGCGUUCUUUCUUCUGUAGGAUGAAGUGUAACAGGCCUUCAGUAAAAGUGGAAGACAAGGAUUUCCCCUCCACCUGCUCCAAGAAAAAAGCAGAUCGAAAAAGCUUCUGCACAAUCCACAGCACAGGCUAUCUGAAAAGCUGGCCGCCCACAAAGAUGGGGCUGGACGAAGACAACGAGCCAGACAACGAGGGGUGUAACCUCAGCUGCCUCGUCGCCAUCGGACGGCUGCACUCUCACAUGCUUCCACAGCCGGCCAACGGGGAGAUCAGGGUGAAGUCAAUGGAGUAUGUCUCCCGGCACGCGAUAGACGGGAAGUUUGUUUUUGUAGACCAGAGGGCAACAGCUAUUUUGGCAUAUUUACCACAGGAACUUCUAGGCACGUCGUGUUAUGAGUAUUUCCACCAAGACGACAUAGGACAUCUCGCAGAAUGUCAUAGGCAGGUUUUACAGACAAGAGAAAAAAUUACCACUAAUUGCUACAAGUUUAAAAUCAAAGAUGGUUCUUUCAUCACACUACGGAGUCGGUGGUUCAGUUUCAUGAACCCUUGGACCAAGGAAGUAGAGUACAUUGUCUCCACCAACACCGUUGUUUUAGCCAACGUCCUGGAAGGCGGGGACCCCAGCUUCCCGCAGCUCACAGCGUCCCCCCACAGCAUGGACAGCAUGCUGCCCUCUGGAGAAGGUGGCCCGAAGAGGACCCACCCCACUGUUCCAGGGAUUCCAGGGGGAACCAGGGCUGGGGCAGGAAAAAUAGGUCGCAUGAUUGCUGAAGAAAUCAUGGAAAUCCACAGGAUAAGAGGGUCAUCGCCUUCCAGCUGUGGCUCCAGCCCAUUGAACAUCACAAGUACACCUCCCCCUGAUGCCUCUUCUCCAGGAGGCAAGAAGAUUUUAAAUGGAGGGACUCCAGACAUUCCUUCCAGUGGCCUACUACCAGGGCAGGCUCAGGAGAAUCCAGGUUAUCCAUAUUCUGAUAGUUCUUCUAUUCUUGGUGAAAACCCUCACAUAGGCAUAGACAUGAUAGACAACGAUCAAGGCUCAAGUAGUCCCAGUAAUGAUGAAGCAGCAAUGGCUGUCAUAAUGAGCCUCUUGGAAGCAGAUGCUGGGCUUGGUGGCCCUGUUGACUUUAGCGACUUGCCAUGGCCGCUGUAAACACUAUAUGUUGCUUUGGCGACAGCUACAGUAUCAAAGUGCAUUACUGAUGGAGUUAUACAGUCUGUGAAGCUUACUGGAUAAGGAGAGAACAGCUUUUAUGUACUGUCUUCAUAAAAGCCAUCUCAGAGCCAUUGAUACAAGUCAAUCUUAACUAUGUGUAACUUCAGACAAAGUGGAACUAAAGCCUGCUCCAGUGUUUCCUCAUCAUUGAUUAUUGGGCUAGCUGUGGAUAGCUUGCGUUAAUUGUAUAUUUUGGAUUCUGUUUGUGUUGAAUUUUUUAAUCAUUGUGCACAGAAGCAUCAUUGGUAGCUUUUAUAUGCAAAUGGUCAUUUCAGAUGUAUGGUGUUUUUACACUACAAAGAAGUUCCCCAUGUGGAUAUUUCUUAUACUAAUUGUAUCAUAAAACCGUUUAUUCUUCCUUGUAAGAAUCCUUUACUAUAAAUAUGGGUUAAAGUAUAAUGUAUUAGUUAAAUAUUUUUAAUAAAUGUUUCCCUUGUUCUAUAAAUAUUGUUCACAUUUCAAAUAAUUAAGGAAAAAAUGCUAUAGGGCUAGAUCAUUGAUUUUCCAUGAUGGGUGUUUUACGGAUGAUCCACACCAAAAACAUUUACAGUGCCCUUCUGGUCUUCAUAAAAAUUCUAGGACAUACAUAAUUUUCCUUUGUCACUUGUUUAGCUGUACUGUAAUUUUAGUUUCUGUGAGAACAAAGAUAUUACUGCUUAAACACAAACGUCAAGACCUCUGAAAUUACAAACUCAAGAUUAGACAGAACAAACUGGCUUCUCUAAUACAACUCCUCUCUACUACCAGUUGUUUGGCUUC